AUGAUUUCUGAAGUAUUCCGCUCAGUGCGUAAGCAAACGAAGAAGUUGGUGGGACAAUUGGCGAAUGGAGCUGAAGACGAAGAGAAGAUAGUCAAGGAAAGCAACAAUAAGAAACAAUUGUCAUUUAAAAACAAGAUUUCACCACAAUUCAAUGAUCACGAGGAGCCACAAUCACGAACCCAUCCAAGUCUCGCGUGUUUUCCAAGUUGCUUUAAAAGCAAUGAUAAGAAUGAAGAUCAAGAAGCCUUUCUAAACCAGGACACAUCUGAUAAUUUGGAUGUUCCUGAAAUCACUCGAAAGUGUUCCAAACGUUUAGCUUCAAUUUAUCCCACUUGCGAUGAUGACGAGCAAAAAUCUAAGAAACCAAAGCUUCUCAAUAAGAGAGACCAAAUUGUUCGACCAAAAGAAACUCAACCGAAGAAAAAACUCUUCACAAAAGGCCCGGCUGUGACUCCUCGUUUAAACCUGACACGACAAAGGAAUGCAAACGUAAAAAAAUACCCUGCAUCCGAAUUUUUGAAAGGUUUU